AAUUCUUUCUCUAGCUUCCUUGAUUCGUCCUCUCCCCAAGUUUUCCUUUCCUUCCUGAUUGUCUCUCCGCUGCGGUUCCCCAAUUUUAGGCUCAGAAUCAUACGGAUCCAAGAGGAAAACUCAUAUACGCAAGUCAGAUCAUCCUCCGCCGCUUUUUUCCGCCAUCACCGAUCUUGCCGCGCCGCCACCGAAUUGCCUCCAUCCGUUUGACGCACACCACCUGUACUCUCCUUCGUGUCUCCUCUUUCACCAUCUGUUCAGCUGUGGACUGAGAUCUAGGUCCUUCUGUUGAUACCAGCGAGGGAGGAGACAUCUCAUCGGUCUUCUCUUUGAUUGGCUUGGAGCUGUAGCCUAGCGCCAUGAAGGCUCUCGGAUGGAACUGCAAUGGUAUGGGUAGAAGCCUACGAAGUGGGAAGAUGACCCAUCUUACCAGGAUGAUCCACUCCACCAAACCUCAGGUAAUUUUUGUCUCCGAGAUCAAAUCUUCCAAAGUUAAAUCUUCUGAUCUUGUUACUAGGUUCAAUGUAGCGGAUGCGGUUGUAGUUCCUUCUCGAAGUCGCUCUGGUGGGUUGUGGCUUAUGUGGAAUGAUGAGUUGCAAGUUCAUGUUCAUAGUAGUAGCUUUCAUGUCAUCUUAGCGACUGUUCUGAAUAUUACUAGUAGGCAAAAAUUUGGCCUUGUUUGCAUCUAUGGUGACCCUUACCAUCGCCAAACUAGUAUGAUAUGGGAUCAGGUGGCAGAUUUUGUGUACGAUAAUUGUAAUAUGCCUAUUUUAUGCAUAGGGGAUAUGAAUGAGAUUUUGUAUGAUAUGGAUAAGAACUCUCCGAAUAUAAAUUGACCCCGUAUGAAUGCUUUCCGUUUAAUGAUCAAGCAAUGUGGUUUAUUUGAUUUGGGUUUUAGUGGACCUGCAUACACUUGGACAAACAAACGUUUUUCCUCCAACCCUACUUACGAAAGGCUAGAUCGUUGCUUAGUAAAUGCAGAUUGGUGUGAUGUUUUCCCAAAUUCUAAUGUUUAUAACAUGCCUUUGAUCCACUCUCUUAGUGACCAUGCUCCUAUUUUGUUCUCAACUGAUAGUCCUGCUCGUAAAUUAAAACGCCCCUUUAAGUUUGAAAAUUGGUGGCUGAAAGAAAAUGAUUUUCAAACUCAUGCGAAGAACACUUGGAAAAAAGCGCAAACCGUUCUUUUUCUGCUAGGACUAAUCACCUUGCAGGAGCUCUUAAGAUUUGGUGCAGGAAAAAGAAACCACUACACGAGGAGUUAAACGAGCUUGAUGGAAAGAUCAAACAAAUCCAGCUUAAGCCUGUGCAGCAACAAGACCAUGCACUUGAAGCUGAAUUGGUAGCAAGCUACCCAAUUCAAACCAGGACUACACCUACACGAUCCCUGACAAGCAGGAGCUUUGGGACACGUUAAUGGAGAUGAAAAGAAAUGCUUCACCAGGACCAGACGGCUUCAACGUUGAAUUCUAUCUAGCAACCUGGAGUUGGAUUGGAGAUGACGUCGAAAUGCUGGUAAGAUCUUUCUUUGAAUCAGGGAUUCUUCCUGCUCACAUCAAUGAUACUCACAUUGCUUUAAUCCCUAAAAAACUUGUACCCAUGGUUCCGGCUGAUUACAGACCUAUUAGCCUUUGCAACAUGGUUUAUAAAUUGAUUGCAAAAUCUUUAGCAAAGAGACUUAAACCGCAUCUUUCAGACUAUAUUCACCCUGCCCAACAAGCAUUUAUUGAAGGACGUCGAUUCAGUAACAACAUCAUUAUUGCCCAAGAAAUUACUCACUCUUUUGCUCUAUCUUCUUGGAAAGAAAAAGCUUUCAUGCUAAAAAUUGAUCUUGCAAAAGCCUUUGAUCGUAUUGAAUGGAAUUUCAUUGUUCGUGCACUUGCUCGCAAGGGGUUGCAUGGUCACUUCAUCAAUCUGAUUCAUGCAUGUAUCUCUUCGCCUACUUUUUCUGUAGUCAUUAAUGGCCAACCGUUUGCGAGUUUUCGAACUGAUAGAGGUAUUAGACAAGGUUGUCCCUUAUCACCUUACCUCUUUGUCCUCGCGAUAAAUGAGUUAUCCAUUGCUUUGCAGGAAGCUAUGGCUGCUUCUUCUCUUCAUGGCAUUGCGCUUGGACAAAAUUGCCCCUCGAUUCAUUCGCUACUUUUCGCUGAUGAUCUCUUGAUUUGUGGUAGAGCAGAUAUUCAGGAAGCUACCACGAUGAAUGCAAUUCUUCAGUCUUUCUGUGCUCUUUCUGGCCAAACUCCAAGUUGGGCAAAGUCUGGGAUUAUCUUUAGCAAACAUGUAGACCCAGACACUGCUGCUGCAAUUCGACAAAUCUUCCCGGUUGUUCUCAUUGACUCUUCCUUCAUCCACCUUGGUCACCCUUUAAUCCUUCCAAGUAAAGACAGAGCUUCUGCCUACAACUUUGUUCUUGAUAAAUUCAAAACAAAACUCACUACCUAUAAAGCAGAUCAUCUCUCCCAUGCAGCUCGAAUUGCUCUCAUUCAAUCGGUCUUUGCUUCAAUCCCGGUCUACUACAUGUCUAACAUAUUGUUUUCCAAAAAGUUUAUUUCAAAACUGACUGCAAUCAUAAGAGUCUUCUGGUGGACAGGGGUGAGAGAAGAUAAAUCAAGUGCGGCCCUUUGUUUGAGGGCUUGGAAAGAUAUUUGUACUCCAAAAAAAGAGGGAGGAUUAGGCAUCAGGAAUUUCCAAGUGGUUAACCAAGGGCUUAUUCUCAUGGCAGCCUGGCGCAUAGCCCAAAACCCCAAUGACUUCCUCCACCAAAUUCUCAAAGCUAAAAUAUUUUUAUGACUCUUCCAUUUGGCGCCCAAAUCCCAACGUUCCGAAAUCAGCCUUCUGGGCGUCGAUCCUCAAAGUUUUGCCCAUCCUUAAGUCCCACUCCUUCUAUCAGAUCACCCAAGGCAAUAUCUCCCUUUGGAGUUCACCCUGGUGCAAAGAUUGGACUAGGAUUUAUGACAAUCUCAUUAUCCAGCAGCCCAACUACAAUUAUCCUGCAAAAGUUAAUGAUCUUUGGUUACCAAAUCAGCAAGCUUGGGAUGACAACCUUAUUGAUUCCCUAUUCCAACAACCUAUGGCCCAAUGUAUCAAGCAAACACCCAUCAUUCCUUCAUAUGAUCAGGACUUGUUAUGUUGGAAGCUCACAUCACAUGGUAAAUGCGACUCUAAAAGUGCUUAUUAUGCUUGCUUACAAAGAUUGCAGGAAUUAGGAGAGCCUCAACCAAGGCAGGUUUGCACUGCAACCACUAAUCUGUUGAAUCAGGUUUGGAAAUCCAGAGACAUCUUGCCAAGAAUCCAGGCUUUUGCCUGGCGCUUUCUUCGCAAGGCCAUACCUACUAGUGCUCGUGCAGGGAAAUAUUCCAAACAUAUUAGUAAGUUUUGCUGCAGGUGCGGAUUACAGGAAGACGAUGUUCAUCUCUUUUUUACUUGCCACUUUGUCAAAACUGCUUGGUUCAGUGCGCCAUGGUACCUCCGAACUGAAAUAAUAACACAAAAUACACAUUCUUUAACUCAUAUUCUGUUGAACAUGCUCAACUUGCCUCAUCCAUAUGCUUCUCUCAGGAACAUUUUAACCUUUAUGUGGUGCAUAUGGAAGUCUAGAAAUGAUUGUCUGUUUCACAGGAAAAAGGGAGAGCCUUAUCAGAUUAAUAUCAAUGCGCAAGCUUUGCAAAAUAACAUGCAGCUACUUGAUCCUUCUGUUACUUCUUCUUUGCAGAUAUUGCCACGACAAAUGCAGAUUAAGGAGCAACAUGAAUUUCCAGAGCAAGGAGAAACCCUUACAUCAGACAGGAACAUUUUAGGGGCCAAGAUUUUUUCAGAUGCUUCGUGGAAGAGGAAAAAGGUCCCUACAGAUUCUGAAACAACAGGAAUAGGCGUUUUCAUACAAUUUGAUAUCAACGGGCUCAACUACAACGUCAUGAUACAAGCCUCCGUUCCCCUGGCUUCAUCGAUCCUGCAAGCAGAGGCAAAAGCGAUGUUGCUCGCAGCUCAAAUUGCAGAGAAGUUCCAAAUUAGCAGGCCAACAAUGUUGACGGGUAACAAACUUCUUGCCAAGUCGGUUGCGAGCAUGAAAAUUGAUUCAGUUCACAUGCACUGGAAUACCAGGGACACCCUUGCCAGGAUACUCAAUACCACAUCAAAGCUACAGGCUCAUGUGUUCCACAUCAAGAGAGAUUUAAAUGGCGUUGCUCAUAAGUGUGCUCAUCAGGUGCUUAGAAACUCUCUAGGUCCACCUUUAUUUGGUUGUUCUUCUUCAGCUCAUACUACCCCUUCCUGCCUUGCUAUCUCUGUCCUACAGGAUUCCGAGUGGCCAGGCUUUGUAAUCCAUGAUGUACAAUGUUGUUGAGCUGAUUGAAUGGAAGUUGGCGCCUACAGCGCCUUUCCUUGUUCAAAA